GCUCUCAGUUCCGAAGGUCCUCCUGAGAAUAAUUUCAGCCAAGAUGAAACUCGUAGUUCUUUGUGUGAUCAUCGCCUUUGCCGUGGCUCAGGAGGAAACCGGUACGUACACAAACCGAUUCGACAACAUCGACAUCGAGGAAGUGUUGAUGUCCGAUCGCCUGUACCGGGGCUACUAUAACUGUUUGCUGGACAUGGGACCGUGCACACCGGAAGGAUCUGAACUGAAAAGGUACCUACCGGAAGCGCUGGAGAACGGUUGUGCCCGGUGCACUGAAAAGCAGCGCGAAUUCGGAAUUAAAGCCAUCAACUAUCUCAUCGAAAAUCGGCCCGAAGAUUGGGCUAUUCUGAAAGCCAAGUUCGACCCGGACAACAAAAUCAUCGAGAAAUAUCGCGAGCAGGCCGUCAGCGCUGGUAUCAAUCUGACCCAAUGAGGUGCCGAAUAGAAAAUUCCAAAUGUACAAUGACAACUUCAAUACUCAUCGUUAGAUAAUUUAAAAAAAUGGUUUAUGUUUGUGUUUUUUGUACCA